CUGCCGGCCACCCUGGGACCGCAGCCACGUCUGAAAGCGCCUCAUUGUGUGCGCUCCGGGCGAGCAGCUCCGGCAGCGCCGAGGGUUGUGGGCUGGCGCACAGGGAGUAGAGGGUGCGGGCGGCAGUGCCAGGCUCCGGAGGGGGCUCUUCGCCGGGUGCCUCCCUGUGGUAGCCCCAGGACACCCCCACCCUCCACAUCCCAUUCUGGGACGCCUGCCCUGUUCCCAGAUUCGCUCUGCCUCUAGUCUCCAGGAGCUUCCAGUGUCUUGGUUCCCCGAUUCCCAUCCAUGCCUCUUAGAGCCCCUUUCCUGGCGUCACCGGGUGUCCCCUCAUAGUCUUGGGACCUUAAGGAGCAACUCAGCCCUGCAGACCCUUCAUUGAAGAGAAAGAGCUGGCUGUGCGGUGGAAUUUGGAAGAGACGAAGUCUGGGAGCCUUUGCUGAGCCCAGGGAGAGAGGCGUCCCACUCCCUGCCAGGUCGGGCAGAGACGCCAAGCUUUGGGGUGCUGAGGACCCUCCAAGCAUCGCCCAUGGAGUUGUGAUCAGCACUGCAGCACUCCCAGCAGCCCUGCACAGUGGCCCCCGGCAGUCAGCAUGUGGCUGCCUCGCAUCUCCAGCACAGCAGUGACCGCACUCCUCCUGGCGCAGACCUUCCUUCUCCUCUUUCUGAUCUCCCGGCCAGGGCCCUCACCCCCAGCGUGCAGUGAGGAGCGAGUGCACGUGCUGGUGCUGUCUUCGUGGCGCUCGGGCUCAUCCUUUGUGGGCCAGCUCUUCAGCCAGCACCCCGACGUCUUCUACCUGAUGGAGCCUGCAUGGCACGUGUGGACCACCCUGUCACAGGGCAGCGCCGCAACGCUGCACAUGGCUGUGCGUGACCUGGUGCGCUCCGUCUUCCUGUGUGACAUGGAUGUGUUUGAUGCCUAUCUGCCUUGGCGACGCAACCUGUCUGACCUCUUCCAGUGGGCCGUGAGCCGCGCACUAUGUUCGCCACCCGCCUGCAGCGCCUUCCCCAGGGGAGCCAUCAGCAGUGAGGCCGUGUGCAAGCCACUGUGCGCACGGAGGCCCUUCAGCCUGGCCCAGGAGGCCUGCCGCUCCUACAGCCAUGUGGUGCUCAAGGAGGUGCGCUUCUUCAACCUGCAGGUGCUCUACCCGCUGCUCAGUGACCCUGCGCUCAACCUGCGCAUCGUGCACCUGGUGCGCGACCCGCGGGCUGUGCUGCGCUCCCGGGAGGCGGCAGCCAAGGCUCUGGCGCGCGACAAUGGCAUCGUGCUGGGCACCAAUGGCACGUGGGUGGAGGCUGACCCUGGCCUGCGCGUGGUGCGUGAGGUGUGCCGUAGCCACGUCCGCAUCGCUGAGGCUGCCACACUCAAGCCGCCACCCUUCCUGCGCGGCCGCUACCGCCUGGUGCGCUUCGAGGACCUGGCGCGGGAGCCUCUGGCAGAGAUCCGGGCACUCUACGCCUUCACCGGCCUGAGUCUCACGCCACAGCUUGAGGCCUGGAUCUACAACAUCACCCACGGAUCUGGACCUGGUGCGCGCCGCGAAGCCUUCAAGACUUCGUCCAGGAAUGCGCUCAAUGUCUCCCAGGCCUGGCGCCACACGCUGCCCUUCACCAAGAUCCGCCGCGUGCAGGAACUGUGCACUGGUGCUCUGCAGUUGCUGGGCUACCGGCCCGUGUACUCUGAGGAUGAGCAGCACGACCUCACCCUAGAUCUGGUGCUGCCACGAGGCCUGAACAGCUUCAGCUGGGCGUCAUCCACUGCCUCGCACCCCCGGCAUUAGAGGAGGCCACAGUUGGAGAGGUCACCAGGCCUGGAGUGGGGAGUGCAUUAUGCACAGGUGGCUGGGGUGCACAAAGAAGCAGGUCCCUAUAUUGACCAAGGGGUUCGUGGUCCCCCCAUGAAGUAGGCAAGGACUGCCUGUUUCUUUCCAGAUUCUCGGUUUUCCUUUGAGUCCUCUGCAGCUGCCUUCUCAUCAGGUACACUCUUCGUGAAAAGCAACUCUUGCCCCUACCUCCUCUGGGCACAGGGAGUGCGUUCAGAUGACUUGGCUCCCACUCAAGGGCUUUCUGCCCCUUAACUUUCUCCUUCCGGGGACACAUCCUGCAGCAGCUGAGGGGGAGCCCUCGCACUGGCUGGGAGUGGAGAGGCAGGGUGGUGAUAUGGCUGCAAAAGUCUGUACAUCACAUACCCAGGCACACGUGCACACUUGACCAAACUCAGAAGUGAAAGGACUUGUCCAAAAUCACAUGGUGAGAAGGAGGAUGAAGAGAGGAGAGAGCUUUUUCUCUGGGGCUCCAGUGGGGAGGAGAGAACCUGCCUCCUGGGUGACAAGGGUCAGAUUUUCCCAUUUUAGUUGCUUUAGGGAAGAGCAGGCAGAGUUAUGGCUGGGACACAGCUGAGAGAUAGAGGAGGCUGUGAUUGCUGAGACCAGAGCUUAUCAUCUUGGACAAGCCUAGAGGGAGGCAGUAAGUGGGAAAGGUGAGAGGGGGCUGGGGAGGCCUGGGCAGCAAGCCAGGCAUAGGGGGUGGCAGAGCAAGAGUGGGGCAGCAGGAUCAGUGCCUGGAAGGCAGGGGCAGCCCAUUAUGGGGAGUGGAACUCAUCAGGCUUGCUGAGAGGUUGGAAGGGAAAUGGCUCUGAGCUGGAUCUGUCUUCCAUUGGUUCUUCUGGGCCAGGCCCUGGAGGAGAGCAGAGGAAGAUCCUUGCCUGCGAUCCACAUCACCUAGCUCUGGCGGCACAGGGGCUUAGUAAAGGGAAGCUGGAUGUGUAGACGGCUUAGUCCCGAGCUCAGGAAAUGAGACCCAGUAAGUGCCCAGUACAUGUUUAAAAGAAAAGCUCACAGAACCCCUGGGAAGAACAAGGAAGCUGAAUUAGCCACAUAAAUAAACUCAGAUCGCACUGGAACACAGAGCUGGUCUGGGAAAUGUGUUGGCUGCCACCAGAACUUCUGACCCUGUUACCUGUCAAAUGAGACAGUUACCCUCAUGGUUGCCAUCAGUUACCAGGAGGGGUGCUGGUUGUCACUGGCUUCUGAUUCUCAUCCUGGGUUUGGCCACAGGUUGGGGGAACCUGGAUUGUGGAGCUACAUCCUCCCUGCAAAGUGGGCAGGGUAAGGGGGAUCUGACAUUUUCCGUUUCACAUGGAGGAAGCACAGGCACAUUAGCCUUGAAGCUGAAGCUCAUUUUAGGUUUCUUCCAGCUUCAGAAGCUUCAGCCAAAUGAAACUUGAAUCUGUGUCUUGUGACAGAACAGGAGGAAGGUAUUUAAAACCCCAAAUUUAUGAAUGGGUGGCUUAGAAAGUAUCUUUCUUCGUUCUUGUUCAGGUGAUUAUGACAAAAUAACUUAAGACUGGGUAACUUAGCUGGGUGUGGUGUCUCAUGCCUGUAAUCCCAGCACUGUUGGAGGCCGAGGUGGGUGAAUUACCUGAGGUCAGGUGUUCGAGAUUAGCCUGGCCAACAUGGCAAAACCCCUCCUCUAUUAAAAAUACAAAAAUUAGUGUAUUUUUGUAUGGUGUGUGGUGGCGCAUGCCUGUAAUCCCAGCUACUUGGGAGUCUGAGACAGGAGAAUCGCUUGAACCUGGGAGAUGGAGGUUGCAGUGAGUCGAAAUGGCACCAUUACACUCCAGCCUGGGUGACAGAGCAAGACUCCAUGUCAAAAAAAAAAAAGUGGGUAACUUAUAAACAAAUUGUUUUUUCUCACAAGUCUGGAGACUGGCAAGUCCAAGAUCAAGCUACCAGUGUUGUCUAAUGAGGACCCCCCUUUUCACAGACGGUGCCUUCUAGCUUUGUCCCCUAAUGGUAGAAGAUGGGAGGCAGCUCUCCAGGGCCUUUUGGUUUUUUUUUUUUUUUUUGGAGACAGAGUCUGGCUCUGUCACCCAGGCUGGAGUACAGUGGCACAAUUUUGGUUCACUGCAACCUCUGCCUCCCUCUGCCUCCCAGGUUCAAGCAGUUCUCCUGCCUCAGCCUCCUGAGGAGCUGGUACUACAGAGAUGCACCACCAUGCAUGGCUAAUUUUUGUAUUUUUGUAGACACGGGGUUUCACCAUGUUGGCCAGGUUGGUCUCAAACUCCUGACCUCUAGUGAUCUGCCCACCUCAGCCUCCCAAAGUGCUGGGAUUACAGGCAUGAGCCAUGGUACCUAGCCUCCAGGGCCUAUUAAAGAAGGUCACUAAUCCCAUUCUUUUGAGGCCUCCACCCUCAUUAAUCCCCCCCAAAAGCUCCACCUCCCAACACCAUCAUAUUGUGGGUUAAGAUUUCAGUCACAUGGGGCUCGGUGUGGUGGCUCACGCCUAUAAUCCCAGCACUUUGGGAGGCCAAGGCAGGUGGAUCACGAGGUCAAGAGAUCGAGACCAUCCUGGUCAACAAGGUGAAAUACCGUCUCUACUAAAAAUACAAAAAUUAGCUGGGCAUGGUGGUGCGUGCCUGUAGUCCUAGCUACUCGGGAGGCUGAGGCAGGAGAAUUGCUUGAACCCAGGAGGCGGAGAUUGCAGUGAACCGAGAUCGUGCCAUUGCACUCCAGUCUGGGUAACAACAGCGAAACUGUCUCGAAAAAAAAAAGUUCAAUCACAGGGCAAGUGUGGUAGCUCAUGCCUGUAAUCCCAGCAUUUUGGAAGUCUGAGGUAAGUGGAUCACUGGAGGUCAGGAGUUCAAGACCAGCCUGGCCAACAUGAUGAAACCAUGUCUCUACUAAAAAUAAAAAAAUUAGCCAGGUGUGGUGGUGCAUGCUUGUAAUUCCAGCUACUCAGGAGACUGAGACAGGAGAAUUACUUGAACCCGGGAGGUGGAGAUUGCAGUGAGCCGAGACCAUGCCACUGCCCUCCAGCCUGGGCAACAGAGACUCCAUCUCAAAAAAGUAUGUAUAUAUUUCAACCACAAUGUGCUAUUGGGGGGAAAUAGAAACAUUCAGAGCAGAGCAAAAAGGCUGGGGUCACAUAAAUUAAUAUAUGGGCUAGGAGUCACCACAUCUGUAACUUCAAUGCUUUCUGUUCCAUCAAGUAAAUCAAACAAGAUGAAGAUGGACUGUGGCAAAGGAUCCAUCCUGUCACAGGCUUGGAAGGCCAGAUCAUUUGCUCCUGACCAUGACAUGGGUCUCCAGGGGUGAGGGAACCCUCUUGGCAUUGGCUACAAACAUCUCAAGGACCAGCACCUUGAGAGAUUUACUGGGCACUUGGCCGCAACAUUGGGCCCAUGCUGCUGGCCCCUUCCUCCUUCGUUCCUCUCACCUCCCACCCCCACCCCCUGCCCUGUGAUGACCACUGAGGAUAAAAGCAGUUUUCACCUGGAAAGAUUCCAUAGUCAAGGGGAAGAGUCAGCCUAGAAACAGAGUCCCAGUCAGUGUGGUCUGUUCAGGCAACGAAGGAUGAACCAGAGGCUUAUGAUGUCAAGGCCAGGAACAAGGAGAUACUGAUAGCUGGUGGGGUCCAGGAGGGCUUUGAUCAGGGGUUUCGGAGCCCAGCUAGACGGUAGCAUCCUACAAGCUUCAUUUGGCCCUCUUUAGAUCACAGAUUGUAUCUGCAGUUCAUGGCCUCUUUGUAUCCACGUCCUUUGCUGUAUGACCCAUCCAUUCUCCCCUGACUCCCAUAGUGUCAGGACACGCUUGACUGGCUCCCAGAUUUGCUCUCUGCACAUGGGCAGUACAAUCAAACCUCAGAGUGAACCCAGAUCAACUUACAGGACAUAGAAGGUGGCUUGCCAGGUGCAGUGGCUCACGCCUGUAAUCCCAGCACUUUGGGAAGCUGAGAUGGAUGGAUCACCUGAGGUCUGGAGUUUGACGCCAGUCUGACUAAUGUGGUGAAACCCCAUUUCUACUAAAAAUACAAACAUUAGCCGGGUGUGGCUACGUAUGCCUGUAAGCUCAGCUACUCAGGAGACUGAGGCACAAUUGCUUGAACCCAGGAGGUAGAGGUUGCAGUGAACUGAGAUUGCACCAUUGCACUCUAGCCCAGGCAACAGAGUGAGGCUCUAUCUCAAAAGAAACAAACAAAAAAACACACCAUUAUUUCAGGAGUGAGUUGGUUAUCCUGAGAGUGGUGCCUUUUAAAUGAAGGAGUUCAUUCUGUCUUUCUCUUGCCCUCACUUUGCCCUUCCACCAUAUGAUGCCUUGCACCUCGCUAGGAUGCAGCAAGAACGUUCUUGCUAGAUGCUGACUCCUUGAUCUUGGUUUUCCCAGCCUCCAGAACUGUAAGCCAAUACACUUCUCUUUAUUAUAAAUGACCCAUGCUGGGUUUGGUAGCUCACGCCUGUGUUCUCAGUACUUUACAAGACUGAGAAUACAUUCAAGGAUCACUUGAAAUCAGGCAUUCAAGACCAGCCUGGGCAACAUAGUGAGAUCCCAUCUCUACAAAGUUAAAUUAGUGGUACAUGGUGUCAUGCACCUGUAGUCAUAGCUACUUGGGAGGCUAAGGUGGUAGGAUUGCUUGAGCCCAGGAGGUUGAGGCUACAGUGAACCAUGAUCAUGCUGGUGCACUCCAGCCUGGGUGACAGAGCAAGACCCCAUUUCUAAAUGACCCCAUCUGUGGUAUUCUGUUACAGCAAAAACAGAUUGAGAGACUCUUUAAUGAAAGGCAGAUUCACAAAGAAAAACAGUUUUUUGUUUGCUUUUGUCCCCCAGGCUAGAGUGCAGUGGCGCCAUCUUGGCUUGCUGCAACCUCCACCUCCCAGGUUCAAGCGACUCUCCUGCCUCAGCUUCCAGAAUAGCUGGGAUUACAGGUGUGCACCACCACGCCCCCACUAAUUUUUUUGUAUUUUUAGUACAGACAGGGUUUCACCAUGUUGAUCAGGCUGGUCUGGAACUCCUGUCCUCAGGUGAUCCACCUGAGUCAGCCUCCCAAAGUACUGGGAUUACAGGUGUGAGCCACUGGGCAUGGCGGAGGAAAACUGUUUAUUUUGUGAUGGAGUUUUGCUCUUUCACCCAGGCUGGAGUGAAGUGGCGCGAUCUCAGUUCACUGCAAACUCUGCCUCCCAGUUCAAGUGAUCUUCUGCCUCAGCCUCCCCAGUAGCUGGGAUUAUAGACACCCUCCACCACACCCGGCUAAUUUUUGCAUUUUUUCUAGAGAUGGGGUUUCACCAUGUUGGCCAGGCUGGUCUUGAACUCCUGACCUCAGGUGAUCCACCUGCCUCGGCCUCCCAAAGUGCUGGGAUUACAGGCAUGAGCCACCAUGCCCUGUGAAAAUGUUUAUUAACGCAGACAGCUGACAUCACUCAGGAUAAGACUCAACAAAGUUAUGGCUUGGAACACAGUCUUACACAGCAUUUUAAAAAAGACAAUAAAUUUGUAGAGAAAUGACUGGACCAAGGAUAACAGUUUUAGGCUUCCAAGGGUGGGUAACUGGGAUGGUAAAUAUCGGAGAGGAAGCUGUUGCAGCAGUAUUUGUCUGCAGUGCCUCUGGAACUGCCUCUGGCUGGACAGAGUUAAGAGUUGUCUCCAGGCAAGGAGAAUUUAUAUCCUGCGUUUAGACAGAAGAGGGGAGGGAAACCUGACCUUUUUCUGGGCCUUCUGCUUGUUAAUUGCCUUCAGGUGAAAAUCAUUCGUAUGUAAAAGAGGCAUAAUCUGGAUCGCAGCCUCUGCUUGCUUCCACCUGAAGAGAACCCGCAUGCUGCUCCUUUGCCUCAGACCCCUUCCUCUGCCACAGAGAAAGCCCAGGCCGGGCUGCCGGACAAGCAGGGACCAUGAGAAGGAGAGUGCAGGUGUGCGAAGCCUCGACCAGCCAGCCCCUCACCAGCCCCAGCUGAUCAGCACGUGGCCACUUCUGUUACCUUCUACUGGCCAAAGCAAGUUCAGGGCUCACCCAGAUUCAGAGGCCGGGAAACAGUACGCCGCUUGGGAGAAGAAUAGAGACACAUGAACAAGACCAGCUGAGCCCAGCACUGCCAGCCAAGUCAAAGACUUUAGGAGCGAUAAAAGUGCUUAUUAUGUUUCAA